AUGGAUCGGCGCAAGGGCGGCAACCGCGACGCCAACGGCGGCCUGGCGGAGGCCACGGCGUCGCGGCUGAGGUUCGACUCCGACGAGGAGGCAGAAGAGGUGGGGAUGGAGGUGGAAGAGAGCCUCGACGCGGAGGGGGAGGACGAGCAGGCGGCGACGGAGGUGAUUGGAAGCGAAAAGACCAGCGCCGAUUACUACUUCGACUCAUACUCCCAUUUCGGUAUUCAUGAAGAAAUGCUAAAAGAUGUCGUUCGGACAAAAACAUAUCAAAAUGUUAUCUCCCAGAACAGCUUUCUUAUCAAGGACAAAGUAGUCCUUGAUGUUGGUGCUGGAACCGGAAUUCUUUCACUUUUCUGCGCAAAAGCAGGAGCUAAACAUGUCUAUGCGAUUGAAUGUUCCCAGAUGGCAGACAUGGCAAAGGAAAUUGUGAAAUCAAAUGGAUAUUCUGAUGUCAUAACUGUAAUAAAAGGGAAAGUGGAAGAAAUAGAACUUCCAGUCCCAAAAGUAGAUGUCAUCAUCUCUGAGUGGAUGGGUUAUUUCCUCCUGUUCGAGAAUAUGUUGAACACUGUCCUAUAUGCACGUGAUAAAUGGCUUGUUGAUGGUGGUGUGGUCUUGCCAGACAAGACUUCUUUGCGUCUUACUGCGAUUGAAGAUGCAGAAUAUAAGGAAGACAAAAUUGAAUUUUGGAAUAAUGUAUAUGGAUUUGAUAUGAGCUGUAUAAAGAAACAGGCGAUGAUGGAGCCACUGGUAGAUACAGUGGACGCAAAUCAGAUUGUCACUAACUGCCAGUUACUGAAGACAAUGGAUAUCUCCAAAAUGACCCCUGGUGACAUGUCCUUUACUGUACCAUUCAAGCUGGUUGCAGAGCGGAAUGAUUACAUUCAUGCUCUUGUUGCAUACUUCGAUGUGUCAUUCACCAAAUGCCAUAAGCUGAUGGGCUUCUCAACAGGCCCGAGAUCAAAAGCCACUCACUGGAAGCAAACUGUUCUUUACCUCGAGGAUGUAAUAACUAUCUGCCAGGGGGAAACCCUGAUGGGUAGCAUGACAGUCACACCCAAUAAGAACAACCCUCGAGAUAUCGACAUUAAGCUCAAGUACUCCAUAAAUGGGCAUAGGUGUCAGGUAUCAAGAACACAGUUCUACAAGAUGCGGUGA